AUGGAGAUGGUCCUCAUCUUCACCUUCUGCCUGAUUCUAGUUGGUACUGAUGCUGUAACUACAGUAACUGGAUACAGAGGACGAUCAGUUCAGAUUAAAUGUCCCUACACAUCUGGAUAUGAAAAGAACAACAAGUAUCUCUGCAAAGGUAAAUGUCCCUAUGUUGGGUAUAGAGACGUUCCUGUUCAGUCUGGAUCUUCUGCUAAAGACUCCAGAUUCUCUCUGUAUGACGACACAACAGCCAAAGUCUUCACCGUCAACAUCACUGAUCUGAGACCAGAGGAUGAAGGAACUUACUGGUGUGGGAUAGAUCAGACAGGGCGUGAUAAAUUCACAGAGAUUCUACUGCUGGUUAAAACAGAUGACACAUACAUCACACACAUCACACACUUUACUUUAACACAUUCCAUGAGUCCAUCAGUACAUGCUGAGAACACACCCUCAACAACAGGAUUUCCAACAUCCAUUCUCAUCAUUACUGUGUCUGUGGUUCUGAUUCUCUUUGCUCUUAUAUUGACUGUCACGCUACAGAGAAAGAAGAAGACUCGAGGCUCUGAAACAGUGACACAAUCUCCCAGAGAGACAAAUGAAGAUUAUGAAAAUAAUCAAAAUGUUCAUCCUGUUAAUGGAAGAGAAAAUGUCACUUUAUCUGAAUCUGUCUACCAGAGUCUGAACCCAGCCACCAACCAAUCAGAUUCAGUCUACCAGGGUCUGAACCUAACUAAUAACCAAUCAGAUUCAGUCUACCAGAGUCUAAACUUAACUAAUAACCAAUCAGAUUCAGUCUACCAGACUUUGACUGUUACUAGCAACUGAUGAGACUCAAGACGCCUCUGCUCACCAUCAAAGAGGGUCAGGAUUCAAAAGUAAAAGUAGCAGUGUUUAUUGUGCCUGCAAAAUCCAUAAUAAUGUUCUGAGGAUUAUUAACCUUAAUUGUUUUCCUUUUUUUUGCAUUGCUUCAUAUAAUAAUAAUAAUAAUAAUAAUAAUAAUAAUAACAAAGGAUCUUCAACCUGCAGUCUAAAUUUUACAUGUGUUGCCAAGUCUGCAUGUACUUCUGCUCUAGAUACAAAUUAUUAUUAUUAUUAUUAUUAUUAUUAUUAUUAUUAAACACCUUGCUUGUAGUUUGUCCAAAAAACAUUAACACAAGUACUAUAUUAGUUUCUAUUUUAUAUUUUUUACACCUUUUAUUUGUAUACUUGGCUUAUGAAUGUAAAGCUGUUUGAACACCUUCAUGA